UCAAUCAUUCUGUCAGUUUGGCGUCUGUUUUUUUCAGCGAAGUACAUCGCACAAUAUUUUUCUGCAAAUUUUCCACAAAAAUAUUGUAUUUGACCGUGUAAAAAGUGGUUCAAGUGAAAAUGGACUUGUCGGACUUGUCGAAGUUGCGUGUGGUUGACCUGAAGCAGGAACUGCAGAAUCGUGGUUUGGACACAAAAGGCGUGAAGGCAGUGCUAAUUUCGCGGCUGCAAGCGGCCAUUGAUGAGGCGGCGGAGGCUGAUGGGAGUGAGUCAAAUGAUGUGGAAGGUAGUUCGGAUGCUGGUGAAGCGGAGGAAUCCAUUUUGCCAGAUGAAGAGUCAUCCGAUGCGGCCAAGCCUGUCACGCAGCACUCGCCGUCUCCGGAACCUGAAGCACCGCCGCUGGAAACGACCCAAGAGGCGGCAGCUACCUCCAAGAGCGCGGUAGAAUGCACAGAUGUUCCGAUGGAAGAACCGAAGGAAGAUGUUCCACAACCCACCCAGGAAGUAAUGGAAGUUCAGCAGGAGGCAGUAGAACCUCCGCAGGAGACACUUGAUGUGCCUCAAGACGAAACUGAGGAGGCAGAUAGGGCUGAAGAAGGCAGUGAAGAUGCCCAGGAGGCAAAGAGAGAUGAGCCCGAGGAUUCUGUUGUGGAUGCAUACACCCAAAAUGAAACUAUGCCGAUGGAUGAAGUUGAGAAGAAGAAGGCCGAGGAGGAAGCUGCAAAGGUCGAAGAAUCUGGAGCUAAGGAGGACAAGAAACGCCGUCGAAGUCGUUCACCUUCCAGCAAUGAAGGAUCGGCCAGGAGGAGACCACGCAGGGACUCUCAGAGUGCCAAUGCUGAUGAUUUUCUCAAUAUUGAAGAUGAACCAGCUCUGCCCGAAGAUACUCCAUGUCUGUCUUGGGUAGACUCAGAUCUCUAUCUCAAAAUCAGCGGAGGGGAUUUCUGCGAGGGUCGAACCAUGAGCGAUGGAGCCCUGGGAUUGAUGUGGGCUGGUGUUAGAGCCACUCACGGUGUCACCAGUGGCCGGGUCUUCUAUGAAGUUCAGCCGCUGCAGCGCAACAAUCGUGUUUCUCCGCCCAAUUCCACCGAGGAGAAUCUCUACCAUUUGCGCUGUGGCUGGUCAACUUUGGAGACAGAUCUCUAUCUGGGUCAAUCCCAGAAUUCCUUCGCGUACGAUGGAGAGGGCAAGAAGUGCCACUUGGGCACAGCUGAAGAUUUUGGAGUGAAAUUUGAAGUGGGAGAUGUGAUUGGUGUGUACCUGGACAUGGAAUCUACUCCAUGCAAAGUGCAGUACACGGUCAAUGGGGAGGAUCAGGGAGUGGCAUUUGAGUUUGACAAAGAGUCACUCAAUGGAAAAGCACUCUUUCCGCAUGUUCUCACCAAAAAUGUCACUUUCAAGGUGAACUUUGGGCAGCUGGAGAAUACUCUGCUGUCGGAAUUUCAACCGAGGAAGCGGCAACGUUCUGAUGAUCAGGAAAAGAAAGCGAAAGAGGCUGAAAAUGCUGAAAAUGCUAAAAAAUCCUCUGAAUCUGGUGAAGAAGAGGGCAAGAAAGUUGAGGCCCAAGAUGGUCAAGCAAGUGGUGAAGGAGAGAACGCUGAAGAGAAGAAAGAAGAUGGGGCAGAAGAAAAGCCCGAAGGGGAGAAAACUGAAGAGGAGGGUGGCGAGAAUAAGGAAGGGGAAACUGCUGAGGGACAAUCCGAAGCAACUCCCAAGGAAGAAGUUUCUGAGGAAGCCAAGGAGGCUUCUGAGGAAAAGAUGGAAACGGAUGAGCAGGAGGAAGUUCCUGAGAAACCCAUCAAUCGUGAGACACUCCCGAACUUUGUUUUUAUUGGGUCCGUGCCGAAAGAAGAAUUGGUUUCGGGGCCUAAGCGCCCAGAAACCAGGAAGGAGUGUGAAGUGAUCAUGAUGAUCGGAUUGCCAGGAUGUGGCAAGACCAAUUGGGUUAAUAAGUGGAAUGAAGAAAACCCCGAGAAACGUUAUAACAUCAUUGGAGACAAUUAUCUCUUCAGUCGAUUGGAUCGCGAUAAAUAUAAUAAAAGCAGGAAAUUUGAUGAUAUGUGCAACAGGAGCUUCAUUGUUCUGCAGGAAUUGGCUCAGAAGAGACGCAGGAAUUAUAUUUUGGAUCAGACGAACGUUUUCGCGUCGGCCCAGAGACGCAAAAUGAAAGGAUUUGGUGACUUCAAACGUAUUGCGGUGAUUGUUAUACCGGAUGAUGAGGAAUACAAAAAACGCGUGACGGCUAGAAAAAAUGAGUGGAGUAGCAAAGAUUUAGCUGAUGCCGCCGUAAAUGAGAUGAAAGCUAAUUUCUCGCUACCAACGUCCGAUCUUGGAUGGUUUGAUGAGAUCAAGUAUGUGGAGUUGCAAGAAGAAGCAGCAACUAAACUCGUUGUGGACUACAACGAAAAGGGACGCAGGGCUAUGCCGCAGAAGGACAACAGACGUCCCUAUGAUGACUACAGGGAUCGUCGUCGAAGAGAUUAUGAUCACGAUCGUCGUUGGGAUCGCGGAGAUCGUCGCGAUCGCUGGGCUCCCAGUAUGGGAGGACCCCGUGGCCCUUCUGGAUGGCGUCCACCGCCACCAAGGGAUUACUACGGUGGCUACGGCGGUGGCUAUGAUCGUCGUGGCCAUGAUCGCUGGAACAGCUCGCAGUCCUGGAUGAGCGGUAGUGGUGGACGUAGGUCCAAUGAACGUGACUACAGACGCGAUUACGGGCACCAGAGGGACUAUCAGAGGAGCCGAGAUCGCGAUGGACGCAGUGGAAGAUCUGGUCGCGAUCAGGAUUUUCGCGAGCGUCGGAGCGACAACCGUGGCGGUGGCGGAGAUAAUUACGGUAGUCGCUCCUCGCACAGCAGCUCAAGGAGCAGCCACCGCGAAUACUCCUCGUCCAAGGGUUCAGGGAGUUCAUCCAUGAAGGGCUACAGUAGUUCCGCUGCAGACGGAAUGGUACACGGUGGAGCCGCUAUGGCAACGCAGGGCGGUGCCUCAUGGGGUGCAGCCGGUGCCUGGCCUGGACAGCAGCAGUGGCCAAUGGCAGCGGGCAAUUGGGGCGCACAGGGAUGGCAGCAAUGGAAUGCUGGUGGUCAGCAUUGGGGUGGAUGGAACUAUGGCGCUGCUUCAAAUGGAGCAGAUUGGAGUGGCAAUUCCUGGGACGACACUAAAAGCAAGUCAAAAAAUAAGAAACGGAGCUGUUUGAAGGAGUGCGACGACCGUGAUGACGAACCGAAGCAGAAAAAGCACAAAAAAAUUAAAUUUGAUGCUGAGGAGUGCAACAAACUGAAAGAGCAAAUGAAGAAAAAAAAGCACAAAGAGAAAUUAGAUGCCAAGGAAUCUGGCAAGCCAAAGGACAAAAAGCAUAGAGGAGGGAAAUUUAGCAACGAGUGUGAGGAGCCGGAGGAUAAGAAACACAGACGAGUAAAAUCUAAGGCCAAGGACGACAUGGCACACAGGAUUAAAGUGGAAGAGAAAGGUAAGUCUAAAUUGAAAAUUGAAAAAGUAAAACCACCGGCAAAUGAUGAUGAUGAAUUGUGGGAGUAGUUAUAGCAUUAAUCAUCAGUAUUU